AGCUACCUUUUGAAUUUGAUCUACUCUGCAUUGUUUUUCCUCCCCGUUUAUUUUACCCAUUUUGAAAAAGCAUUUCAAUAAUUUCGAAACAGCAAUUUUCGAUUCUUAGCAUCGUGUUUCUUGUGUCGGCAAAUAGGCUUGUUCUGAAACACAUUCACCUUGUCGAAGUUGCUGUUGAUAGUGAACACGCUGAGUUUCACCUUCAGAGACUACUUAUCGCUGAUUUCCACCUUUUGGAACAUACACUAGUUUUAUUCGUCGUGCUCCAACACCGGCAAACGAAAAUGUUGAGCAAGAUGGCAAGACCCUUUUCGCGGGCCGCCGGGCGCCGCUGCGUAUCGACGUCCAGACCGACCCGCGCCGGCAUCAGCGGUCACGUUAUCGGGAUCGAUUUGGGAACCACGAACUCCUGUGUAGCCGUAAUGGAGGGCAGUCAAGCACGGGUACUUACUGAAACAAAUUUGUUGCUGUCAAGAUAUGUCGUGCUUUCUGCACUAUUUCCUUGUCUUUGUGAGCGUUGAUCGUAGUGUACUACAGCGAGAAGGUGUGCCAGAAUUUUCCUGGAAGAUGUUGUCGCGCCCCUAUUCCAAAUGAAAAGUUCUAAGUUGUCUACACGUCUCGUCCCUCAGGUGAUCGAAAACAGUGAAGGCAUGCGUACGACACCCUCGGUGGUGGCUUUCACUGAUUCGGGCGACAAGCUGGUGGGAAUCCCGGCAAAGCGACAGGCGAUUACCAACCCCGAGAACACGUUGUUCGCGUGUAAGCGGCUCAUCGGUCGCCGGUACGACGACCCUGCGACGAAAAAAGAUAUGAAAAAUCUUCCCUACAAAAUCAUCAACGGAAACAACGGCGACGCAUGGGUCGAGGCUCGCGGAGAGAAGUACAAUACUUCUGAGCUUCCAGAUUCAUUUUGCACCGAUUUUAUUUGUCGCGUGCUGACUGGUUCCUAGUAGAAGUAUCUAAUCGCGAAAUAAAAAAUUCAGGACCUGUGUGCUGCGGACUAUAUAUGCAUAUGAAAACAAGUCUGGUGUAGUAGUAGUUCGGAACAAGCACCAGCCCUUGCAGCUUCGUAUGAGUAACAAGACUGAGAACAAAUCGAGAGAAGUAGAUCCAGUGCGUGCAAUCGAACAACAUAUACUAAAUCACAGGUACAGCCCAUCCCAGGUGGGGGCGUUUGUGUUGACGAAGAUGCGGGAGACCGCGGAGAGCUAUUUGGGCAGCAACGUGCAGAACGCGGUCGUCACCGUGCCCGCGUACUUCAACGACGCGCAGCGUCAGGCCACGAAAGACGCGGGCAAGAUUGCGGGGCUGAACGUGCAGCGGAUCAUCAACGAGCCGACGGCCGCCGCGCUGGCCUUCGGGAUGGAUAAAAACGACGGCAAGACCAUCGCGGUGUACGACCUGGGGGGCGGGACCUUCGAUAUCUCCAUUCUGGAGAUCUCCGGCGGCGUGUUCGAGGUCAAGUCCACCAACGGGGACACCUCCCUUGGCGGCGAGGACAUGGACCACGUCAUCCUGAACCACCUGGUGGACGAGUUCAAGAAAUCGAACGGCAUCGACCUCACCAAGGACAACCUCGCCGUGCAGCGGUUGCGGGAGGCCGCGGAGAACGCCAAAAUCGAGUUGUCCAGCAGCAUGCAGACGGACAUCAAUCUUCCCUUCAUCACCGCGGACGCGUCGGGGCCCAAGCACCUGCAGCUGAAGCUCACCCGCAGCAAACUCGAGAGCCUCGCAGACCCGCUGCUCAGCCGCACCAAGGCACCCUGCACCAACUGCCUCAAGGACGCGGGCCUGAAGAAGGAAGAAAUUGACGAAGUUCUGCUGGUAGACGACUGUCUUUUCUUUCUUUUCAGAAUGAAACUUGUUGUAAACACGCCCCGGCAAACGCAAAUUUGCAGCGGCCAAUAUUCUUUUUGUAUGUGUAUCAUCAAAUCGUCCACUUCUGUGCUUGAGGUGGAACAAGCCAAAGUGAUGGAAAUAAAGUAAAAGUUGUUUAAAAGUGUGUAAAAAAAAACUAUGGUCUAAAGUUACUUUUUCAAAAAUUUAUACGCAGACAGGGAAAUAGAAAAAAUCGAAAUCCCCGACACAGGAUCUUCCUCGCAAUUCUCCAAAGAGAAAAGCUAUACCUUUUCUGAACAAAAACCGUACACAGGUCGGCGGUAUGACGCGUAUGCCGGCGGUUUCGAAGAUCGUGAAGGACAUCUACGGGAAGGAGGCCUGCAAGGGCGUGAACCCGGACGAGGCGGUUGCGGUGGGCGCGGCGAUCCAGGCCGGGGUGCUGAAGGGCGACGUGAAGGACAUUUUGCUGCUGGACGUGACGCCGCUCUCGCUCGGGAUCGAGACGCUGGGCGGCGUGUUCACGCGGUUGAUUCCGCGCAACACCACCAUCCCGACCAAGAAGCAGCAGACCUUCUCCACCGCGGCGGACAACCAGACGCAGGUGGGCAUCAAGUGCUUCCAGGGCGAGCGCGAGUUCGCGGCGGACAACAAGCUGCUGGGGCAGUUCGAUUUAGUCGGUAUCCCGCCCGCGCCCCGGGGCACGCCGCAGAUCGAGGUCACCUUCGACAUCGACGCCAACGGGUGCGUGAACGUGUCCGCCAGCGACAAGUCCACCGGGAAGAAGCAGAACAUCACCAUCCAGAGCAGCGGCGGGUUGUCGGACGGGGAGAUCGAGAAAAUGGUGCACGACGCCGAGAACAUGCGGGAGGCGGACGAGAAGCGAAAACAGGGCGUGGAGGCCCGGAACCAGGCCGAGAGCUUCAUCCACGUGGUGGAGAAGCAGAUGGACGAUUUCAAGGACAAGAUGACGGACUCGGAUAAGGACGACCUGAAGAAAAAAAUCUCCGCAUUACAGGAAGCCCUCGGCGGGGACGACACGGACAAGAUCACGGAGUGCAAAAAGGAGCUGGAGCAGGCCAGCUGGAAGGUGUCGCAGAACGCCUACGGCCAGAGCUCAGGCUCUUCAACUGACAGCAACAGCAGCACGGGGACAGAAGAAAACAAGGAGGAAGAAAAGAAGUAACGGAAGAGUUCUUGCAACAUCCGACAAUGAAGAUCUUCCUGCGACAACUACCCCGAGUCUUUUGUACAAGAACCAGCACUUUCGUAUUCGUAUUGGAGCUCCUUCAUCUUCAAUGGUUCACUAUAUCCAAACAAUAACGACAAAACGCGACAGUAAACGAUUCUUGCUCUUCUAACAGACAAGGUACACUUGCCAUGAUACAAGUGUACCGAGAAUGAUUUUCCUUCUUCGACGGACGACACAGAUCUUUGUAUCUAUGGGUAUCGACUAAAAAAGAAGUUCGCUUCGAUCGCGACAAAGAGCAGAACACGACUUUCUUUCUUUCUUUCUUCAUCGAAAAUGUAACACACCCGCACAGUGUGCAAUGCAACUCCACAUGCACAUGCUAGUGAUGAUUAUUUCGUCUUCUAUACCCCCAAUGUACCUUUUUUUGUAGAGAUUGAUUAUUACCUUCUGAGGUAAUUUUUCUAGUGAAAAGAAAAGGAAAAACUGACGAAAUUAUGGUAUGCAGAGCGCCCGCGGAAAAGAAGCAAGGAGAGGCGAUGGGUCCUGAAAUGGGCGCAAAUAUUUCCGAUGUCCAAAAAUGAUUGAAAGACCAGAUUUUCUUGACAAGCUGUUUUCUGACGUUCUUCUGAAGUUUGUUACCGCCCCGGUAGGUGAUUACUUUGAUUGUUUUGAGAACGGAUGUUGUCGCGCCCGCGAUAGUACCAACCUCGCAUUGUGAGCAGCCUCCUGGUUCCCUCAGG